AUGUGUCAUCUUAAAAGUGAACAUUAUUUAAAAACUAAAAAUUGUCUUCAUAGUCAUUGGAAAUGGUCACAAACAAAUAAAUUUCAUUCUACAACAAUCUUACUUGAUGAUAAUAAACAAAUAUUAUUUCAUCCAAGAACAAGUUCAUCAACACAAGUUAUUAUUGCUGAUAGACCAUUACCAUUAAAUGGUAAACAUUAUUGGGAAAUCUUCGUGCCUUCUGUUUAUGGAACAUCAAUUAUGUUUGGCAUUGCAACUAAUGAACAACAAAUGUUUUCAUCUACAUUUACAAAUCUAAUUGGAAUCGAUCAGCAUGGUUGGGGACUAUCACAUCAUGGGUUAUUAUGGCAUAAUGGAAUAUCAUAUUCGUAUUUAUCUCAAUCAAUGGAACCACUUCGACCUGUUUUAAUUGGUUUAGAAUUUGAUGCUGAUGCACGAACACUUUCCUAUAUAAUAAAUAAUCAAUCAAUGGGCAUUGCAUUUCGUUGUAUACCAACAAAUGUAUUAAUUUAUCCGGCUGUAUCAUCAACAAGUGCACAAAGUACAAUGAUUCUUAAACAUUGUUGUAAGAUAUGUUCGUCUUUACGUGAACAUUGUUUGAAAUUAAUUAAAUCAUCUAAAUUGAGAGAUAAUAUUAAUAAUCAAUUGUUACCUCGACAUUUAAUUGAGCAAUUGAUUAAGUAA